ACCAGUGAACCGGAUCCACAGGGUGUGCUGAAAAAUGCCAUGACUCGCUUCAUCUACGACCUGCGUAUCACGGCCGAAGUGCACAUUGUAGAACUUCCGACUUCUGAUAUUUCGGCGUACGCUGCUCAGCGAAGUGUGGGAGCAGCAGAACGUCAGGCUCUCAUGCGGCAGCUACGCAUCAGCACUGUGGAGGCACGCAACGAUGUGCAGGCUCUCAUGGACGAGUACUAUGUGGCGGCGCGCUCUUCCCGCACCUCGGAAACCGCCACUGCUCCGCACAGUGUCCUCGCCAGGAAGCCUGCAAAGAAACCCUCCAUCUUUAAACUCCUCAUCAGCCCACCUUCGAAAGUGCUUGAUAACGCCUAUCAACUGGACUCCUCGGCAAAGAAGGAAGGUGAUGACGCCCCUGCUGAUGCUCUCAACAGCGGGUCCUCCGUCGUUAAAUUUGCCGAUGAAUCGAAGGCUGAGGAUGGUGGUAAUAAGUCGGACGCAAAUGAGAUAUCCGCCAAUAACCAGCGUCUAAAUGAGUUCACUUUUUCGCCGUCAGCCCUUCAGAAAGUUGCCCAAGGUGACCAGGAUCCGGUCGCAAACAAUCAUUCAGGAAAAUCUACACGUUCUGAACGUCGCCUGCACAGCGCAAAACGACUCAAUGAACUCAUUGUUGAACGCUCCGCCUUGGCUGCCGCCGUCCUGAUCAACCUUCCCACUCUACCGAAGAGACCAGGCAAUGAAUACUACUACCUAGACUAUGUGGAGACUCUCACAAAUGGACUGAAACGAGUCAUUCUCAUUCGCGGCAGUGGCAGAGAGGUGGUGACCGCAUUUGCAGAGUAA